UGGGCAGCCCCGCUCCCGACGCUCCUGCAGGAAAGGCCCCUGGUGUCCCUCGGCAUGCCCCAUCGCGCAGCAGGGUGCGCGGCUGCCGGCCCUCGGGAGAAGUUGGGCUGCCCCGGGCGGGCAGCGGUUGUAAGCAAGAUGCGAUAGCACGUGACCCUGGAACGCAGCCCCUGAUGCCGGUUCCCCGCCCUCCGUGUGCUCUUUUCUCUGACCCUUGGCCCCCAGCAGAUGCGUCACAGGAUGAAUGAGAUGAACCUGAGCCCAGUGGGGAUGGAGCAACUGACUUCAUCCUCUGUGAGCAAUGCCUUGCCAGUCUCAGGGAGUCACCUGGGGUUGGCUGCCUCACCCACUCACAAUGCCAUCCCUGCCCCAGGCCUGCCAGUGGCAAUUCCAAACCUGGGUCCCUCCCUGAGCUCUCUGCCUUCUGCUUUGUCUCUGAUGCUCCCAAUGGGUAUUGGGGAUCGAGGAGUGAUGUGUGGGUUACCUGAAAGAAACUACACCCUACCUCCACCACCUUACCCCCACCUGGAGAGCAGUUACUUCAGAACCAUUCUACCUGGCAUUUUAUCUUAUUUAGCUGACAGACCACCUCCUCAGUACAUCCACCCCAACUCCAUAAAUGUUGACAGUAAUACAGCAUUAUCUAUCACCAAUAACCCUUCAGUGCUGGAUCCCUAUCAGUCCAAUGGAAAUGUUGGAUUAGAGCCAGGCAUUGUUUCGAUAGACUCUCGCUCUGUGAACACACAUGGUGCCCAGAGUCUUCAUCCCAGUGAUGGCCAUGAGGUGGCCUUGGACACAACAAUCACUAUGGAGAACGUCUCUAGGGUCACCAGCCCAAUCUCGACAGAUGGAAUGGCAGAAGAGCUUACAAUGGACGGUGUUGCAGGCGAGCAUUCCCAAAUCCCAAAUGGCUCCAGAAGUCAUGAACCUCUGUCUGUGGAUUCUGUGAGCAACAACCUUGCAGCAGACACUGUAGGACAUGGUGGUGUGAUACCCAUUCAUGGGAAUGGCCUGGAGCUCCCUGUGGUCAUGGAGACAGACCACAUUGCAAGUCGGGUCAACGGGAUGUCUGACAGUGCCCUCAGUGACUCCAUCCACACCGUGGCCAUGAGCACCAACUCUGUAAGCGUGGCACUCUCUACCUCACACAACCUCGCCUCCCUAGAAUCUGUUUCCCUCCAUGAAGUUGGCCUAAGCCUAGAACCUGUGGCUGUCUCCUCCAUCACCCAGGAGGUUGCUAUGGGGACAGGUCAUGUAGAUGUAUCUUCAGACAGUCUUUCUUUUGUACCACCUUCACUGCAAAUGGAAGACUCCAAUUCAAACAAGGAAAAUAUGGCAACCUUGUUUACAAUUUGGUGCACUCUCUGUGACCGAGCCUAUCCUUCAGACUGCCCCGAUCACGGACCAGUGACUUUUAUUCCUGACACUCCAAUAGAUAGCAGAGCGAGGCUUUCUCUCCCAAAGCAGCUUGUUCUCCGCCAGUCAAUUGUGGGAGCAGAAGUUGGUGUGUGGGCUGGAGAAACCAUUCCUGUGCGGACUUGCUUUGGGCCUCUCAUUGGCCAGCAGAGUCACUCCAUGGAAGUAGCAGAAUGGACAGACAAGGAAGUUAACCAUAUCUGGAAGAUAUACCACAACGGUGUCCUUGAAUUCUGCAUCAUUACAGCUGACGAAAAUGAAUGUAAUUGGAUGAUGUUUGUGCGCAAGGCUAGGAACCGGGAGGAGCAGAAUUUGGUGGCUUAUCCCCAUGAUGGAAAAAUCUAUUUCUGCACCUCACAAGAUAUUCCUCCUGAAAACGAGCUGCUUUUUUACUAUAGUCGAGAUUAUGCUCAGCAGAUUGGUGUUCCCGAACACCCAGAUGUGCACCUCUGUAACUGUGGCAAGGAAUGCAAUUCCUAUGCAGAGUUCAAAGCCCACCUGACCAGCCACAUCCAUAACCAUCUUCCUACCCAGGGCCACAGCAGCAGCCAUGGGCCCAGCCACAGCAAAGAAAGGAAGUGGAAGUGCUCAAUGUGCCCCCAAGCUUUUAUCUCUCCUUCCAAACUUCAUGUCCACUUCAUGGGGCACAUGGGUAUGAAGCCCCACAAAUGUGAUUUCUGUAGCAAGGCUUUUAGUGAUCCCAGCAACCUGCGGACUCACCUCAAGAUACAUACAGGUCAGAAGAACUACAGGUGUACUUUGUGUGACAAGUCUUUCACCCAGAAGGCUCACCUGGAGUCCCACAUGGUUAUCCACACGGGUGAGAAGAAUCUCAAGUGUGAUUACUGUGACAAGCUGUUUAUGCGGAGGCAGGACCUCAAGCAGCACGUGCUCAUCCACACACAAGAACGCCAGAUCAAGUGUCCCAAAUGUGAUAAGCUGUUCUUGAGAACAAAUCACUUAAAGAAACAUCUCAAUUCACAUGAAGGAAAACGGGAUUAUGUCUGUGAAAAAUGUACAAAGGCUUACCUAACCAAAUAUCAUCUCACCCGCCACCUGAAAACCUGCAAAGGGCCCACCUCCAGUUCCUCAGCACAAGAGGAGGAAGACGAGGAGGACUCAGAGGAGGAAGAACUAGCAGACUCUGUGGGGACAGAAGACUGUCGGAUUAACAGUGCUGUGUAUUCAGCAGAUGAGUCCCUCUCUGCACAUAAAUAAAAGAAAAGCCAACUAUUUCAGAUGGAAAAUGCAAAAGGGAAAAACACACAUAACCAAUUAUCCACUACAAUGGUUUUUAUAUAAAAUGGUUUGUGAUGUCCUUCCAGCCAGCAGACAAAAGAGACUGAAGGGGAAUGGAUAAAGCACUUACAGAGGAGUAUCCUAAUGAAAACACUUUAAACAGAUUAGGGAAAGAGAGCAUGUGUCCUAUUUUUCAGUCAUGUAUGGGGAGGAAAGUGUCAACUUUUGAAGUCUGUUCUUUGUUUAAAUGAUAAUCUGAGCGAUGCAGUUAUGUCUGAGUCGAAGCUGCCCGCUGCCCAAACAAAUCAGAUUUGUUUUAAGUUCUUCCAUUAUUCUCUUCCUCCCAGCCCCAUGACUUGGUAGCACUCUAAGCUAGGUCCCUGCCUCAGUCAUCCUGAUUGCCAGUUGUGGUUCUGGUGUUUGGUUUUAUGCAGACUACGAUGACUUACACUCAUCCCAGAACAUGUUGGGACACGGCAGUGUAAGUUCGUUACUCUGCAGCUAACAAGUUUAGAGCCCUACCUGCCUUAAUCUCUCCUGGCUCUUUGGGAGUUGAGGGUAGAUCUUCCCAAAAUUUCAGCAGGUGCCUAGAGGGCGGAUAAAAAAGGAGCAGCCAGGCAAUGGGCAGUGAUGGAGAGAAGAAAAGGAGAGACUCAGGGGCCGCUGUCCAAGAAACCGGCUUUGACGGAAGACAGGGUGAGUCACCUGGUUAUUAUUAUUUAGAGAUCUUUGUAAGUUUAGACAUGUCUCUGUCUCCAAUAAAGCCUCCAGCCCUUGACAAAGUGGACCUGGAGGUGCAGCGAGCCAAAUAAUGCCUGCUGGAUUAUCAGACAACAAGCACAUGUGGACGCAGCUGGCAAAGUGGUACCUCGGCCUGUGCAAAGAAGGAGGGAAUGAUCCUUUAUAUCUGGCUUACCCUAUGAAAGGAAGAGACACCAUUAAAGUGUCGCCAAGUCAGAAUGACAAAUGGCUGCAGCCAUGUUGAUGGCAUUUGCAAGGUUAGACCUCCCCAGUUGCCUGUUGUGAAGGACCUCAUCAGUCAAGCAUGGUGGAUGCCAAAGGAUUUGGAAGGUGUAGAAGGCUUAAUGGUCACCACGUGGGUGUGUUUUCAGGGUCCUGGCUUAGUUCAUGCAUCCAUCCAUCUUGUCUUUCACCUGGUCUCUCCUAUGCGUAUCCUGCCUUCAGCAGGAAGCAGAAGCAAGAAGCAGACACAUCCUUAAGGUGAUGGUUGAUGGGACAUGCUCUCCUGCUCUGGGCUGGAGUAGAGAGAACUCUAGUGGGAAGGUUUUGCUGCUAAUGUAUUUAUGGAAUGAAUGUAUUUCAUUCAAAUCUGUAUUCCUCUAGGAAGGAUCAAAAUAAAAUUUUUUUAAAAUACAGGA